AGCCUGCAGCAGCCCAGAACAGUUUCUUUUCCUUGAGGAGUUAUGCCUUUAGAUUUACAGACCACCAUAGCAGAAGCUGAAUACUUGCUGGGGCACAAAGACAAUGGCCUUGUUGUGAUGGACACCGCACAUCCCAGCCCCCAGCCUUAGCAUCCCAGCAAUGAAAUAUAAAGGCUGGAGGCUCUCUGAGAUGAGGAAUCUUUUGCCAGUGGAGUGGAACAGUGGAAGGUUCAGGGCCCUCUUUGGUGGUAUUAAAGAUAGCUGAGGAGAUACUGCAGGCAUGAAGAAUCAAGCUCAGGACACACCUGUAAAACAACAGGAGCACCUGAAAAGGCAAAAGGACAUUCUUGCUUACCGAAUGAAAAAACUGUCAGCGAAGCAAAUAGACUUCAGCAAAAAGACAGAAGAACUGAAAGAAAAGAUAAAGAAGAAAUACGAUGACAUGAAACGAGUGCUGGACGAGGAUCUGCGGAUCACACUGUGCCAGUUAGACAUGGAGGAGGACGCCAUGGAACGAGCCAUUGAGGAGAACAUAGAGAGGUGCUACCACCUGACCCAGGAUCUGGACCAGCAGCUGGCCGAGAUAUCUACUCAGCUGGAAGAGGACAAACAACACAGCUAUGACAGGAUCUCAGAGACAGAAGGAAGGAUAAUGGAGACUCUGAAGAUUACUGACCCAGAGCUGAUCCAGAUGGAUGAGUUCAAGAAUGAGCAGCUGCUCAGUUUGACCAUCAAUUUACUGCUGUUCAUUCGCUCGCAGGUCCCUGUUACCAAGAAACUCUUCCAGAGCUAUGCCCAAGAGGUGGUCCUGAACUCUGACUCUGCUCACCCAAAGCUCAUCAUUUCCCCUGCUGGAGAUUCGGCUACAUACACAGACACCUGGCAGGAAGUGCCAGAGAACCCCUUCCGCUUUGACACCACGCUGAACGUUAUAAGCCGAGAGGGCUUCAAAGAGGGACGCAACUACUGGGAGGUGCAGGUCAGUGGUAAAACAUACUGGGAGCUGGGCCUCACCUACCCCAGCAUCCCCCGUAAGGGUCGUGAGGAGGACUGCUGGCUGGGCCGUGGGCCUGCAUCCUGGUGUGUGGAAUACUUCAACGGUGACUAUACAGCCUGGCACAAUGGGGUCCCCCAUGAGCUAACCCACAUAACUGGCAGGACCUUCCAACGCAUCGGGGUCUUCUCCAGUUCUUAUGGGGGUCUAGUGUGUUUCCUCGGGGCAGACACCAUGACCCCACUCUACAGUUUUUGUGCAGGCAUGUUCACAGAUGCACUUCACCAGGCUGUCUGUCCUGGCCAUGACAACCAGGGCACUAACUGGAAACCACUGCUGAUCUGCGAUGCCUCCAGAUCUGCUCCUAUUCUAUGA